AUGGCCAAAGUACAACUGAGUCCAAAGGAUAUUACUCAAUUUCGUACGGCUUUAAAAUGCUACGAGACUAGACAAUACAAAAAGGGUCUCAAGGCUAUUGAGUCUGUAAUCGAAAAGCAUCCUGAACAUGGUGAAUCAAUCGCCCUUAAAGGUAUUCUUCUUCAUUCGUUAGGACAAAUCAAAGAAGGUUAUGAAAACGUUCGUUGCGGUCUUCGUCACGAUGUUGCUUCCGGUGUUUGUUGGCAUAUUUAUGGUCUUGUUUGCAAAGCAGAUAAAGAUUAUGUACAAGCAGCUAAAUGCUACAUUAAUGCCCAAAAGCUGGAAAGGGGGAAUACUAGUCUUUUGCGCGACCUUGCCCUUUUGCAGAGUCAACUUCGUCAAUUCAAGCCUUUGGCUGAUACAAGAAACUCUCUCUUACAAACCAACCCCGGUGUCCGUGGUAAUUGGAGCGCCUUGGCUGUAGCCCAAUAUCUUCGAGGCGAAUUCGCUAGUUCGUUCAAAAUUUUGGACGCCUUUGAGACUACUAUCAGUCAGGGAAUUCCCGUUGAUCCACAAGAAGAGUCCGAGUCUCAACUUUUUAUCAACUUGGUUAUUUUGAAGAAAGAUGGUGCAAAUGCUGCUUAUGAACACUUGCUUUCCGAAGAAAAGAAGAUUUUAGAUCUUACUGCAUUUUUGGAGAUCAAGGUUGAAUACGAGUUAACUUUGGAAAAAUUUGACGAAGCAAAGGCUACUCUCAUCAGAUUGUUAGAUCGCAAUUCUGACAACCAUGAUUAUUUUCACAAGUUGCAACAAGCUUAUGGCUAUGAAGAUGAUAAGCACAAUGUACUUAACUACGAUAAGUGGCUCUCUCUUUAUGAUAAGAUUUCUGUGAUUUAUCCUAGAUCCGAAUGUCCCAGAAGAAUACCUUUGGAUAUGCUAACUGGUGAUUUAUUCGCUCAGAGAGUAGAUUUGUAUUUGCGUGCCAAGCUUAAACGAGGAAUUCCUUCUGUAUUUGUAGACAUCAAGUCUUUAUACAAAGAUACUUCUAAAUGUGAGAUAGUCGAAAAGUUGGUUUCCGGUUAUGCCUCGUCUUUGUUGGACCAUGCAAAGUUUUCGACUGCAGAUACUGAAGUGCAAAUUCCUACUUCCCUGCUUUGGACAUACUAUUAUUUGGCUCAACACUUUGAUUAUAAACGCGAGUUGAAUCAAGCUGAACAUUAUAUUUCUCUAGCACUUCAACAUACUCCUACCCUCGUUGAACUUUACAUGACACAGGCAAGAAUUUUCAAGCACCAAGGGAAAUUACAGGAAGCUAUGGAAACUAUGGAUUUUUCCCGCAAAUUAGAUUUACAAGAUCGUUUCGUGAACAACAAGUGUGCAAAAUACAUGUUACGCAAUCAUGAAAAUGAACUUGCUGCGAACACCGUCGGAUUAUUCACUAGAAAUGAAGCUGUCGGCGGUUCCGUAGGUGACCUUGCUGAUAUGCAAUGCCUUUGGUAUAUGUUGGAAGACGCAAAGUCGUUUUAUCGUCAAAAGAAAUAUGCUAUGGCAUUGAAGCGUUUCAACAUUGUUUUCUCUAUCUUUGAAGCUUGGGCUGAUGACCAAUUCGAUUUUCAUUUCUUUGCUUUUCGUAAGAACACCAUUCGUAAUUACUUGGAUCUGCUCUCUUGGGAAGACGGCGUAUUCAAUAAUUCUGCUUUUUAUGAAGCUUGUCAACUUGCUACUCAAAUUUAUUUAGAUCUCUUCGAUCAUCCUUUUGCUCGCUAUGGGCCCAAGCCUGCAGAAUAUGAAAAGUUAUUGCAAGGAAAUCUUGACGAGGAAGAGAGAAAAAAAUUAAUGAAAAAGCUGAAAAAAGACAACUCCAAGCGUCAUGAGCGUGCAGAGAAGAUAAAAGAAACAGACAAAGCUCGUGCAAAGUCAGAGGAUGGUACGCCUGUGAAGUUUGACGAAGACCCUCUUGGUGAAGAGUUAGUUAGUACGAAUACCCCGCUAAAGGAUGCCCAAAAGUACAUGGAUAAAUUAUUGUCAGUUUCAAAAGAAAAUCCAACAACUUUGCUUUUGGCUGCGAAAUUGUAUGGUCGCCAGGGCGACUCAGAAGCUGCGAACCACUAUUUGGAGCAGGCAACCCAAAUUUUGGACCAAGAUCAUGCGUCUAUCAUAGAAGCAAAAGAAUACCUGACCACCAAAAGAGAUUAG